GCCACGUCAUUUUUGCUUGAUUAGGAUUUUUUUGAGUGUUCGUUUACGCGGCGUCUGGCGAGCUGUUUUUGAGAUUUUAACAAUGAAUAUAUUCAGAUUGCUUGCCGAUUUAUCCCAUCUAUUAGCUAUUAUUAUAUUGUUACUAAAAAUAUGGAAAACACGAUCAUGUGCAGGAAUAUCUGGAAAAUCGCAGAUACUUUUCUCUAUAGUAUAUACAACGCGUUAUUUGGACCUUUUAACGACGUACGUGUCGGCAUAUAACACGAUAAUGAAGAUGGUGUUUGUCGCUGCAUCCUAUGCGACAGUGUACUUGAUGUAUGUCAAAUUUAAGGCGACCUACGAUCAUAAUCACGAUACGUUCAGGAUUGAAUUCCUCCUGAUACCGUCUCUAAUUCUGGCUCUACUUAUUAACAGUCAGUUUACCGUUCUGGAGGUUUUGUGGACCUUUUCCAUUUAUUUGGAAUCUGUUGCCAUUUUGCCGCAACUGUUUUUGGUAUCCAAAACUGGGGAGGCAGAAAGUAUUACGUCUCACUACUUGUUCGCAUUGGGUUCCUACAGAGGCCUGUAUAUACUUAACUGGAUCUACCGUUACAUGGUGGAGGAUUAUUAUGAGCCAAUAGCCAUUAUUGCUGGAAUUGUACAAACUGUUUUGUACUGCGACUUCUUCUAUCUCUAUAUCACAAAAGUAUUGAAGGGGAAAAAAUUACAGCUGCCAGCAUAGAUGGUGUGGUGCAAUAGAACUAUUUGAAAGUAUGCAAAAGUUGAUUAUAAGUCAAUAAUUACCUAAGAUCUAGAUUUGUGAGAACAUUUAUUAUUAAGUCUCUCCUUUGUAUAUUUUAUACCAGCAGUUCUAGAAAGCCAUCUGUGCAAAAGUGAACCUUAUGAGCAUUGCUACUUUUAAAUGUUGUAUCAGUCCUUAUUUAAUCAAUUCCAUGGCUGUCUAACAUCAGAACAAAUAAUACAUGGUUCCUUUUGUUAUAGAGGCUUAAUGUAAUAUUAGAUUCAUAAUAAUUAUUAUGUAACAAACCUAUCAUUAGCUAAAGAUUUGUCAUAAUGUAAUGAUAAUAUAAUAGUUUGUUGAUUUUAUACUUUUGAAGAAUCAAUCUGCUUAUUGCUGUAAAUAAAAUUAAUUUUCAAGUGUUACGUCUUGUGUGUCAGAAAUAAGUUAAUAAUAUAAUAUUUCUAACCUAUCAAAGUGCGUAUGAUUAUGACAUAACCCUAGUUUUAAGACUUCACAAUCUAAGAUUGUAAAAGCAUUUAGGUAAAUCGUAUAUUGGGUUAGCACAUAUAAAUUUCUCCCUUAUAACUUUUGGUGUUUUGUAACUAGUUAAAAGUAGUUGAAACAUACAAAAGGUAUGUUUAUUAUUAUUUUAUACGAAACAACAAAGUU